GCGAGCAUCACCCGGCGUUGACCAAUCCGACGACGACCGUCGAUAUAAGCGGCCUCUCUCAGCCCGGAUGGCCCGUACGCCCCGGGAUCGGACUCCUGUCAAGAAACCAUGUCCCCCGCCGCACUCGUAACCUCCGCCCCUGCCUCACCGACCUGCAAGCAACCCCCGAACAGGAAGUCUCUGUCCAUGCCUGCCGAGGAUUCUCCUUCAAAACCGUGGCGGCCCGUCCAAGCCAAUCCUGUACCCGAGAGGUCCGAAUUCGCGUUCGAUUCUAUGGAAGACGCCUUGGCCGCCUUCGCGAGCGGCGAGUUCCUCGUGGUCAUGGACGACGAGGACAGGGAAAACGAGGGCGACCUGAUCAUCGCUGCCAGCGAAUGCACCACCGAGAAGAUGGCAUGGAUGAUCAAGCAUACGAGCGGAUUCAUCUGCGUCGCACUACCGGGAGACCGCCUGGACGAACUCGACAUCCCCCUGAUGUUCCCGCAGAACCAGGAACGCCACCGGACAGCGUACACGAUCACCAUCGACUACAAGCACGGAACUACGACCGGGAUUUCCGCUCAUGACCGCGCCCUCACCGCCCGCAUGCUUGCCUCUCCUUCCGUAACUCCCUCGUCGUUCACUCGUCCCGGCCACCUCGUCCCACUCCGCGCGGUAGACGGAGGAGUCAUCGCCCGUAAAGGACACACCGAGUCUUCCGUAGACCUCUGCGAACUGGUCGGCUUGCCUCGCGUUGGCGUACUGUGCGAGCUGGUGAACGAUGACGAGCAGGGGUCUAUGGCACGCAGGGAUGACUGCCGUCGCUUUGCGGACCGAUGGGGGUUGAAGGUGAUCAGCGUGGAAAUGUUGGCUGAGUGGAAACGGCAACAUUCGAGCUGACGAAUGGGGCCGAUGAGAGCUUCGUCCCAGCCAGCUGACAGUGUAUGGCGUAUUGGGGUGCCUGUAACGUUAUUGAAUCACAAGCAGACUGUUUUUCCUUCCAACACCUUACCGUACGAGCGAUCGCCGAGCAAAGAGCAC